GACUUCACGCAGCUGAUGGACCUGACGUCCGAGUCCGUGGGAGGAAAGAUUUUAUUUGCAGCAGAUGACUUUUUUGCUCCUGCAGAAAACCUCAUAAAGAGCGACGGCCCAAGUUUUAAAGAACACGGAUACACCGAGUUUGGGAAGUGGAUGGACGGAUGGGAGACCAGGAGGAAAAGGACGCCAGGUCACGACUGGUGCAUCAUCAGUCUGGGGAUACCAGGAAUCGUCCGGGGCUUCGACGCGGACAUUUCUUACUUCGAGGGAAGUUACCCUCCUCGAAUGUCGAUUCAAGCAGCGAACGUGGAAGAAGAUAAACUGCCGAAAAUCCCAGAACGAGGAGUUAGGACAGGAGCUGAGGCCACCCCUGAGGAGCUUGCCGCUAUUGCUGAGCUACAAUCCAACAACUGGAAUCACUUGGUCCCCGUGACAGAGCUAAAGCCAGGAAAACCUGCGGAGAGCCACAACUAUUUUCUCGUCAAUUCUCCGCAGAGAUGGACGCACAUCAGACUCAACAUUUUCCCAGAUGGUGGAAUUGCACGACUUAGAGUGUACGGCACUGGACAAAGAGACUGGACUGCAACUGACCCCAAAGAACCAGAAGACCUAGUGGCCAUUGCUUUUGGGGGUGUCUGUGUAGGAUUUAGUAAUGCACACUUUGGGCACCCAAACAACAUGAUAGGUGUCGGCGAGGCAAAGUCUAUAGCAGACGGUUGGCAAACUGCAAGAAGGCUGGACAGGCCAGUGGUAUUAGAAAGUGACGACAAUGGCACGCUCCUGGUUCCGGGCUGUGAGUGGGCAGUUUUCCGAUUGGCACACCCUGGAGUGAUAACUCAAAUUAAAGUCGAUACCCGCUGUUUUAAAGGCAAUUCUCCCGACAGAUGUAAAGUGGACGGGUGUAUCCUGACAACUCAGGAAGAAGAAGAUACGAUCAAGCACAAGUGGAUUCUUCCAGACCACAAGUGGAAAGCCCUGCUUCUGGUCACCAAGCUAUCCCCGGACCAAAGUCACUCGUUCGACAGCCUGACCGUCGAGCUCCAAGACGUCAUCACUCACGCGAGGCUCACCAUCAUCCCGGACGGGGGAGUGAGCCGCCUUCGGCUCAGGGGCUUCCCCAGCUCCAUCUGCCUCCUGCGGCACCGGGAGAAGCCCCCCAUGAGGUUCUGGGUUAAAGCCGGCUUCAGACCAAGCCUCUGACCACACCAGAACCCCAAGUCGGCUACACAGCAGUAACUACCCAGUCACGGUCAUCAAGUGUUCGAACACCUGUGCCUCCCGGUGA